GGCGGCGGCAGCGCAGCCGCGCGGAGCGGAGCGGGGCCGGGCUGCAGAUCAAAAGAUGGAAGCCUCAGUCAUGCUUUGCAGCAAAUUUCAUGUAACACGUGAAGGGAACUGAAGCAGAAACCAAAGCCAAGGCAAAGCAGCAUCUGACCUUGUCACUGGGGGGCAGAAAACAGCCGCUGGUUCUACUGGUGCUUCAAUCAAGCUCCACGGGCAAUGAGGAAUUGCAGAGAGCUCACAAAGUGCAAGUUCUUUCCAGGUCCGUGGGGUGAAUAAAAAUUGUUAAUUCUUGGCUUGAUUUGUCAUCCUUUUUGGGGAAAAAAAAGGUAUGUCAGACUGGCCAUUAUAUGGUUAGACCAAGCACAACUGGAAGUGGAUUGCUCUGGAGAUGAGAGUGACUGAGGCCAGCAAAGCCAAGGAGAAGCCUGUUCAACUCCAAAUCUCCUCGGGAUUCCUUGGAGAGGUGAUAAAGUGAGUAAUAAGGCGAAGUGGGAGUUAUAAAGUGGAUGCGACAGCUCCAGCAGAACUUCUUCUCACUGCCACAUACAAAGCAACUUAACGUUAUUCGGAAAUCCAUUUGAGGAAAAAAUGCACUUUGAGCAUCUCUGCGCUUCUUGUGUCUGAAGCAUUGAUCAGGAACACUGGCAGCACAACGCUGACAAACGAGAAGAGAAUAUGGUGAAGGCAGCUAAGGAAAUUCAAAUGGAGAACCCAAGAGAGGCAGAGACUCCCAGCACAGGGGCCACGUGCGCCCCACCAGAGGAACAAGCAAAAAAACCCUCCAUGCUCUGUUUUAAGAAGCGGAAGAAGUCCUCUAAGGAGAGGCUGACUGUGAAGGAUGCGAGCGAAGGAGCCCCAGAGGAGAAAAGCCAAUGUGUCAGCACUGACCAAGAGGAGGCAAAAGCUUCCAAUCCAUCACGAUCCUCCAAAGGAACCUGGGCAGCCAUCAAAAACCUUGCCAGACCUCGGAGAAGGCAGAGGUCCUCCUCACGGAAGACGGUGCCCUCUGAUUCCCAAGUGCAGCUGGAGGUGGAUGCUGAGGAGAGCUGUGCUCAAGACCUCCCAAAGAAACGGGCGAGCUCUGGGGUGAAGAUACCCUGCGUGAGGUUCUCCAGAGGCAAGAAAAAACCCAGCCCCUCAGAAGCACUGGAGGAGUCAGAGGGCAGCGUUCAAGCAGAUGAAGUGAUGGGUGUUGUGAAUAAGGCUAGUGAAGAGCCAGAGGAUUUGGCCCCGGCGGACAAAUCCGAAUCCUUGAGCCCAGCCUCUGCGCAGGAGGAGCCGGGUACGGUGAAGCAGGAGCAGCACAGAAGGAAAGAGGACCAGGAUACAGUGAAGGACCAGGACACAAUGAAAGAGGAUCAGGAUAUAGUGAAAGAGGACCAGGAUACAGCAAAGGAAAGUGACACUUCUGUUGGGAAGAGUGAGCCCAUGACAGAGCCCACACGUGAUGCAGAGGAAUAUUCAGAGUGCACUGUUCAGUUGGAGAUAACUGACUCAGAGACAGCUGAUGAAACAGCCCAGGACAAACUGCAGGAAGGGAGCCUACCCCAAACCACUGACAGUGCAGAGGGCAGGGAAAUUGCUCCCAAAGCUCCUGUUUGUAAAGAUCAACCUGACAAUGCCCCUGAAAUCACAGAGUGGCAGGAAAUCCCUAAUACCUGCAAAGAGAUGCCUGAAAGGGAUGAAUUGGAAAAGAGCGUAAAUCCUCCUAAGGAGGAAAAAGCAGAGGAGAUUGUAACUGAUUUCAGUGAGCUGGCAUCUGGAGGCAAGGCAGCAAGUGUGCAGGAGGCAGCAAGUGUGAAGGAUGCAGCAAGUGUGAAGGAUGCAGCAAGUGUGAAGGAUGCAGCAAGUGUGCAGGAGGCAGCAAGUGUGAAGGAUGCAGCAGAUGUGAAGGAUGUAGCAGAUGUGAAGGAUGCAGUGAGUGUGCAGGAUGCAGUGAGUGUGCAGGAUGCAGUGAGUGUGCAAGAGGCAGUGAGUGUGCAGGAUGCAGUGAGCGUGCAAGAGGCAGUGAGUGUGCAGGAUGCAGUGAGUGUGCAAGAGGCAGUGAGUGUGCGGGAUGCAGUGAGUGUGCGGGAUGCAGUGAGUGUGCAAGAGGCAGUGAGUGUGAAGGAUGCAGUGAGUGUGCAGGAUGCAGUGAGUGUGCAAGAGGCAGUGAGUGUGAAGGAUGCAGUGAGUGUGCAGGACAUGGCAAGCGUGAAGGAUGCAGCAAUCAUGCAGAAUGCCACAGUGCAAGAUGCAGCAAGUGCUCAGGAGGCAGUGAGUGUGCAAGAAGAAGCGAGUGUGAAGGAUACAGCAAGCAUGCAGGAUGUCAUGAGUGUGCAGGAUGCAGUGAGCACACAUGAUGUAGCAAGCGUGAAGGAUGCAGCAAGUGUGCAGGAGACAGCGAGUGUGCAGGAAGCAGCAAGUGUGCAGAAUGCCGCAAGUGUGCAGAAUACCACAAGUGUGCAGGAUGCAGGAAGUGCACAGGAUGCAGCAGAUGUGAAGGAUGCAGCAGAUGUGAAGAAUGCAGUGAGUGUGCAGGAGGCAGUGAGUGUGCAGGAGGCAGCGAGUGUGCAAGAAGCAGUGAGUGUGAAGGAUACAGCAAGCAUGCAGAAUGCCACAAGUGUGCAGGAUGCAGGAAAUGUGCAGGAUGCAGGAAGUGUACAGGAUGUAGCCAGUGUGCAGGAUGCAGCAAGUGUGCAGGAGGCAGCGAGUGUGCAGGAAUGCUCCAGCCACCAGGUAUUAGAAGCAAAUGCAGGCUCUGGUGUCAGCAUCGUCAUCACCAUCACUGAAGCUGAGGACUCUGACAACACCGACUCUGACCAGGCCUAUGAGCCGUCCCCAGUUUUGCACCAAAAAAAGCAAAAAGGGAAUAAAAAAUCCAACAGGAAUGCCGAUGUUGGCCAAAAAGAGGGCCCUGAGGCUGGUGAUGGUCCCCAGGUGGAGGAGAAAGGUCUGGCUGACCAGGGGCACAGAACUGGGGAGCAGUAUGAGUUGCUCCUCAUAGAAACCGCCUCCUCCCUCGUGAAGGCGGCCAUCCAGUCAUCCAUAGAGCAGCUGGUCAAUGAAAUGGCCCUGGAACAGAAUAAACACAACAGCUUUCUGUGAUGGCAGCCUCGCUCCAGAGAGAAGGAGUAGAGGGAGUGAUGUCAAGCUCCAUUUGGCCCGUGGGGUGCGUGGAGAACUCGGAGAGCUCCCGGGCCCGAGGUGUAGUUAAUUCUGCAUGCCCGUUCAGUUGUGUGUCCAUGUGAAACGGAUCCCGGGAUGUGGGCAGACCCCGCUGCGUGCAGCGCGUCCCCUGGGGCUUCAGACAGCGCCGCUGACCACAGCUGCGGAAAAACUGAGGUGUUACAGCGACUGUAUUUUCAAUUCUUGGCACAUUUAUGUCAAGGCCACAUCUCUGCCCUCACCCACGCCCUGUUUCCCCGCUGUUCAUGCUGCAGACCUGUACAUACCAUGUGUUGGAAGAAAGGUGCUGAGAGGCCGUGAGUGCCCGACCUGGAUUCGCUGAAACGGCUGGAGGCUUGCUGGGGCUUUAUUGCAGAUGAGGAAGAGCGAAGUGUCUGCGAUAUCAACAGGAAAACAUCGAUGCCAGGCUGUGUUCUGUGCUGUGAACAGGCCCUCGCUCCGCACGGGCGCCGAGAGCCGAGGUCGCUGCCGUCGCACGAAGCCCCAGCGAGCUCUCUCCCCGCUCCACUCGGCCUCUCCCCGUGUCAUGAGCAGCCUGUGCAUCUCCAGGCACGUUACCGCUCAGCAUCAGCCUCGCCUCGCUGACCCCGGGCUGCGCGGAUGCCAAGAGAGCGACAGCGCCUCGUUUGCCGGGGGGUCCCUUCUCGCACCGCUGAACUCAACGGGGAGAAUCCCUGCGGCAUGGCGGCCGUGGGCUGGGCGGGAGCAGCCCUGCCGCAGGCCGCCCCUCUCCUCCCUCGCCUUCCCCCGGCCCCGUCCCGCUGUCGCGCCGAAGCUCCCCUCGGAUGUAGCAUAGGUUUUUUUUUUAUACAUGGCAUGCGAUAUAAAUAGCAGUGAGCUGCAUGCGUGUUAGCAGUCAACAUAGUUUGGGAAGCUGCAAUGUGCCGGGAUUGCUUUGGUUUGGUCUGAGCGCGGCUGGCAGCCCUGGAUGCUGGCGGCAGCCUGUCCCGCACCGCUCCCCGCUCGCCGCAAAGCUCUCCCGCCUCCAGCAUCCAUCCCCUGCAUCCCUUGGGAAUCGAGCAUUAUGCCCGGCUCGCUGCCACCAGGCUCCAGCACGCCGUGUAGCUCGCUCUGAAACAUGCA